AUGCGAGUCGUCUCGCAGUCGGUGGUCCCACGCGACAUCACAGAUGUAUUCACACAAGCUGCUUCGAAGCUGCGAACAGGAGAACUCGUCAAAGAUGAGUACUUCACACUGUUCGAGGCAGUCGGCGCCUUGGAGAUAAUGGAUUCAAAGAUGGACAGUGGGUACCUCGGGCCUGGAGAGAAUCACGCGCACGCCUUGGAGGACGACUACGACAUCAUGCGGGAGCUGGCUCCGGAAGAAGUAGUGGGAAUAUUGGACGAGUUGCUUUGCCAUGAGAUGGCGUGGCAUAUGGGACAUCCACUAUCACAGACCCUUUUUACGUCCUUGUACCUCGAUAAACUGUUAUGGCCGGUACCGAAGACUUUCGAAGAUGCUCGGUUUGCGCGUGAAAGGUUGGGUAACAAGAAGGAGGACUCAAAACUGUUACAUCUCGUACUCCGCGCUUACUGCCUUGCGCUGGUUAAGUGCUGUGAUUUUGUCCACUCGCGAGUUUCGGCGGAGUUUUACUACGAAGAAGAGGACUUUGUCACUCAGCUGUACAAUCGCAGCUUACUGUCACAGUUUGAUGUGACAAACUUUCGAAACCUCCUCGAUGAGGCGGUCUCCUGGACUGAAGGAACAGCCGAUGCUCUCCAUCAAAACUUGCGCGAUGCAAUCACAUCCCGGCUGAUCUUUCGACGCGAGUUCCUCCUCGCAUUGGCCCAUGACGCUGAUAUCUUGCAGAACAAGUCAACCGGCUACUUUGCGUCUUGCUUAUCCCAGUUGUCCUCGCUUACCAAAUCUGUCUCUCUCGGAAAGCCUGUGUCCGAUGCCUUCAGUGUGAAGAUUCAGCGGAGACUGGCCAGCACGGUGCCGCCUCGGCCCAUGGUGAAGGUUAGUUUCGAGGAUGCGCUGGCGCAUCUGCGACGGUUGUGCCGAGAUGCAAUUGACCUACAGGAACUCGUUGAGUAUGGUGGCCCAUACAAUUUCAAGGUCGCCGUUUGGACACUGCUUUCUCGAAAACCUCAACCAUCCGUUUAUAUCCGUUCGCUUACCCAAACUUUCAUCCUGAGCAACAUGACUGUCCUUGGCAAAGUCUCGCUUAAAGGACUUCUGUACGACGAAUUGUCCGAAUUUGUCCUCUCUUCGAGCGUGCUUCUUGAUGCCAACAUUGACGAUACUGAGGUGCCCUCGGACCCUCGGUUCCAGAUUGCCCAGCGGAUGGACGCUUUUGUUAAACGUUUCGCUCAGCCCUUCGUAGACACUUUUCGAAGUGCGUGCCUCAACCGAUGCCGCAUUCGUCGGACACUCUGCCAUACAAUUAUUGAUUGGGAUAACCUUCAGAUGGAGGCCGAAGAACUCGACGAGCAACUUCGUACUCUCAGCGAAGAAUCUCCGCUUACACUAUCGAACGGUGACGCCACUUACUCUUACCCCCUAAGCAGCUGGGCAUACCACCAGAAGCUGAGCCAAUUCCGCCUUAUCAUUCAGCUUGGUUUCGAACUAUCAAUCUAUGCACCCGAAGAACUUGCUGGGAUGUACUGGUAUCUUUCUCACAUUUGCUCCACGCACCUUGCUCACAUCGACCGAAUACGGACAUUUACGGUCGCUGCCGCCAAACGAAAUCUGGCCGCUAUGGCUGCAAUGAAGAGCAACUCAGCCGAGCGGCAGUCCGCUUUUCAUAAGACCCUUCGACUCCUCGAGAGACUCACCACACAUAUCGUUGCUAUAGACGCCUUUGCGAUAUCCCUGCAUGCUCUGUAUGUACUUCUCGCUCGGCACAAUCUUCUGCCGACAGCCUCUGCUCCAGGAGCGUACUCCAGCGAGCGGCUGCGCUACGAAAUUCGAAUGAAGCCUUUCAUCCCUAUCAGCCUGCCGGAACUUGUGCCGUACGAAGAGUAUCGCCGGGAGGCGAUUCUAGAAGGGGAUAGCGAUGAAGUCGUCUUAGAACGUGCCUCAAAGGCGAUAUCAGAAGCCCGCAAGGCCUGGGAAGCCACACUCGCCAAUGGUACUUUCAUUAAGGAUUCUCGGGGCGAAACAUACCAAGCGCCGGCCAUCGAAGAAGACUGGAAGUCCGAGAUUAAGGACACGAUGCGGGCCUGCAUAGGCGCAAGCAUCGCUAUCGAAGCGGUGAAGAAGGGGCUCGCCGACUCUGGAGGAACCAGCUCUCAAGCAGACGGUCAUCGCGUCAGGCUACGAGUGGAGGUCCCAGAGGUUGGGUCGAAGGCACGCUGGCAUGACUGGUGGGCUGUGCCGCUGGUUACACCAGUCAAGCCAGGAAUUAAAACGUGA